AUGGUUGAUUGUCGGCGCUGCAUAUGUGGGCACGAGCGAGCGCUCGAUGAGGAAUCUCUGAUCCAAGCCAUCGCUGAAAUGAAACUCAACGGCUCUCCCGAGCACAAGCUGCAUCAUGACAUCAGCGACGGCGAAGCUCUGCAUCGCCUCGUGCCACCUGACCGCUGGUGUGUCACACGUGAAGAUUUUUCGCAUCUCCACCAACUGAUUCUUGAUGCUUUAGAGGCUGGGUGGGUGGCACCGUCUGCAGCAGAUCCAUUCGACAAGAGUGAUGGGACCAUUGGUCCCAGCAUCUAUACCUUGACCGACCAGCUCAUAAAGCCCAUAACACUGGCUGCUGGUGGCAUGAGCUGGUCUUUGAUGAGGCAUCCUGGUGGGCUUGCAUGCGACGUCUUCGUCACGCACGCCUGGCAGGAAGGCAUCUUCGAGUUCACCCGGCAGCUAUUGAACUCCUGGCCCUUUGAUGCGAGGAAUGCUUGGUGCUGUAUGCUCGCGAAUCCCCAGAACCUCAACAUCGAGAGGCUGAUCAGCGAACCGAAGUCCUCUCCUUUUGCACUCGCACUCAUCUCUGCCAAGUAUGUGCUCGUGGUGCCGAACGAGCAUGAAAGCGUCUAUGCGAGGUUAUGGUGCGUUUACGAAGCUUUUCUUGCAUUUGAGCACGAAAAAAUCAUUCUGACAGCUACCAUGCCUUACCACCGGCGCAAGCUGCAAGCGGCCAGCACAGCAGUGUUUUCUUUUGGCGUUGGCUUUUGCGUGGGCCGUCGGACCUCAUGCUGCGAAUACCACUCCACGCCAGCACGUUGGCUGACGACGAUUUUCUGCUGCUUGUUCUUCAUAUCCAACUGUGUUUCUUCUCCGCUUUGCCGCCGUAUUGCUCACCUUGUCAAUGCUGGCUUGGCUGGAUUCUUUAUGGCUGUUUCGCUUGUGCCGCUGCAAUUGCUGCACUUUCCUCACAAGCAAGUGUCAGCAUUUGUGACAGCGUGGACUCUUUUCUGGUGCUCGAUGGGGGUAUGCUUAACAGUUGCGGAGGUGGACCGAGUAAAUCGGCAAGCCACAGAGGCAAGCGAAAUGAGUUUGGAGGCUGGCUACUCGGGGAGCAGCUGCUUUGCACGCUGUUCUUGGGAAGACGAUGCUCUCAGAAUCUGGCGCGAGAUCGGGGCACGAUCUAGUGUAGUUGACGCCACCAUUGGUGUACUGCUUAGAGCGGGUAUGUCGACAGCUUCCUUGCGACGAGCAUCAGCAGCAGGCAUCGACGUCAAGCAUGCGGUGGAUGCAGAUCACGCGACUCUUAUGUAUUUUGUAAGCUUCCAUGUGGCCAGACUUGUCACUUGCACUUUGGUCCUUGAUUCACCGACUGGCUGGGCAGUGACACUUUUCUGGCUGGGAGCCAUCCUUGGCACUGUGCUGACAUACGUGCGAUCGCAGAAAGAUGGCCGCGCCUUCAUCUGCAAAGUUGCCAAGAAGGUGUUGAUGCUGGACCUUGUCCAGAUCAUUGCAUGCAAGAUCGCCGAUCUGAGCUUCAUGUCCAACACAGCGAUCGUGCUUCCCCUCGGCACCUCCACGGCUUUCCUGACGUCGAUUCUCUCUCUGAUGGGCUUGGACGGGGCUGCGACAUUGCCAGGUUGCGGGUCCAUCCUUGCCAAGGACCAAGAAGUCGAGAAAGAGUUCCUUUGCAAGACCCGCCUGCGGGUCGCCGCCGAGGCCGUAUCCAAAGCGUUGAGAUGCGUGAUUUGCACGGAGGUCUUCGUGAAGCCCGUGUCAUCCAUUUGCCAGCACGUUUUCUGUCGAGACUGCAUCGAGCGUGCGUUAAAGCGCGACGCCCGCUGUCCCACGUGCAGAUCUCCAUUGAACUCCUGGGAGAUGAAUCCCAAUCAUUUAGUUCAGACCCUGCUCGACGAAGUUCUUGUCCGUUGCCCGCGCUUUCGCGAUAGCUGUGGAUGGUCAGGUCCGCAGGACGCCUGCGCAGGACAUGAGGCAACAUGUUUGGUGCUUCGGAGUGCAGACUUGGCCCGGAGGCUCGAGUUGAAGGAGAAGAAAGUGGCAGAGCAAGCCUGCACAAUUCAAUCACUGAGAAGGGAUAUUCUUCAACAGGAACAGCUUCUUGGCCAUCUCCGGUCGCAAGCUGCAUGCCAUCACAGGCAGCUUGCCGAACUCAAGCGUGAGCUGCGAGAGAAAGACUGCAGCACGACACUGAUCCGAGCACAGGUGCUGGCAGAGCUAACCUCGCAGUUGGCAUCGAAAGCACAAGCCGACGCAGAAAAGGCCAGGAAAGCACUGGCAUCGAUAACGUCAGGGCACGAUGACGAGCUUGUCCAGGCUUUUGUCAAAGACCUACAGAACAAGACGAUCGUAAUCAAAGUGGACUUGCAGAAGCCCGUUGUUGAGGUCAAGAGAACCAUCGUUGACAAGACGGGUUGUCCCGAGGACAUGUUCGGGCUUUCCCACGAGGGCAAGAUCCUGAAAGAGGAUUCCCUGGCGUCCCGCUACCAGAUCUCACCCGAAGCGGCGAGAGCAGAGGCCAGUGAGCGAAUCCAGGACCUGAAAAAUCGUGCUGCCAGCCGAGACGCGCAGCUCGAGGCAGCCUUGACAGAGACCGCUGCUCUGGAAGCCGCGCUUCGAAGUCAACGGGCCAAGGCUCGAGAUCUGAGUCUGCGAGUCGAGCGCCAGGAGCAGCGGUUGAGGCAGCUGCAGCGAGAGCAACAUCAUAAAGACCUCUUGAAGGAUGCCGAGGCGAGCUUCAGUUGGUCAGAUGCCUCCGCCGAACUCAUCGCGGCCAUCGGUGAACUGGGCUUUGCAGAAGUCGCGCUGCGAGGCCCCCGAAGCUCCGGUAGCAGUGAUGAGCACAGUUCCACAGGGCUGCUCCUGCAAGCUUCCCUCCUGGAUGCGGCGGCGCAGUUCCUCCGGGGCGAGCUCGAGAGCUUUGCAGAAGCUCUUCCACAGGACACGUGUCACAAAGAAGUCAAGACAGCCUCUGCGCUGGGCCUGCUGAGGGAGCUCCGACGCAGGACGAGCUCCCUGGAUGAGAUCCGACCGGGAUCCAAGGGACGAAAGUCACCAGGCGGGAGCUGGUGCUUGCAUGAGAAAAGUCGCAGCCAUGCAAUGUUCCGAGGUCUAGAUUCCAGGCUGCGCAAUGUGCCAUCGCAGCCCAGCAGCCAAGGUCGCUGCCUGCGACGAGCUCCAGAGGUUCCGAGAGCCUUCCUGCAUCAUAUCGUAGUCGCCUGCGGCUUGACCUCAGGACUAGGGCUGCGACGCUUUGUGCGGGCCGUGUUGCGAAGACCCGGGCAGACUCUCCGUCUCAACCCACGCAAGGCUAGUCGAGACAUCCUGACGGUGAUCAGGAAAAUGGGAUGGGGCGUCCAUCCGUUGCCCUGGUACUCGGACGGAUUUCUUCUCUCUGGCUCCGGUCAGGACUGCUGCUUUACUCAUCGUAGACGCAGGGAGGGGGUUGGAGGAAGUCUUAACAGGUUGUAG